AUGCCUUCUGACCGCCCAGCUGGUAUGGGCAAUGCAACUGCUCGACAUUUUCAAGAAGUGGCAAGAGAAAUUCAAAUGUACAAUCAUACACAACAAAAUUCUCACAGUUCCCAUUCAUCCGGAAAUACACAACAAAAUUAUAACAGUUCCCAUUCAUCCGAAAAUACACAACAAAAUUAUCACAGUUCCCAUUCAUCCGAAAAUACACAACAAAAUUAUAACAGUUCCCAUUCAUCCGGAAAUACACAACAAAAUUAUCACAGUUCCCAUUCAUCCGGAAAUACACAACAAAAUUAUCCCAUUUCCAAUUCAUCAAGUAAUAUGCAAUAUGACCAUAUGUAUUCUGCACAUCCAGUAAUGUCACCGAUAGAACGCUUUCUACGUACCAUUUUUCACUAA